AUGACGUUCUCAAUUCGGAAGUUGUUCUGGCUCCUAAAUGUUACGGGCAGCUCGACCUGCCCGACGGGCAAGCUCGUUGAGCCACGUCACCCCAAAAAAUCUGUCCGUCGGAUCAAAGCGCUGGACGGCACGAUCGCUUCGUGCGCUCUCCUCUCCCGCACAGCGGGCCAUCUCCGCCGCCUCCCUCCUCGAGGCCACCCGCCUCUCCUCUCGAGCCCCCUCCCGUGCCCGUGCUCGCUCCCGCCCCGCCGCAGCGUGCACCUCGCCUCGCCGCGCUCCGCGCCCACCAUCGCCUCCUCGCCCUCGCCGGCCGUCGCCCCCUCGCCGUUGCCGUCGCCGGCCAGAUCCGCCCCCGCCCGGGCCGGAUCCGGCCGCCGGCGCCCCGUUUUGCCGCUCGCCGGAGCCCGCCGCCGCCCUACAUCGUCGUCCGCUCCCGCUCCUCCUCCUCCUCCUUCUCCACCCCUCCCCUGCGCGCUGCCCUCGGCUUCCUCUCCCGGCCCAGCGUCGGCAGAUCCGCUUCGUGAAGCUAGGGAGAAGGCAGCAGCAGAAUCUCAGGAGAAUGCUGCUGCAGAAGCUUGGGCAAAAGCUGAGCGAGCUGCUGUUAAGAAAGCUGCAGCAGAAGCAAGAAGGAGGGCUGAAAGAGCAGUUUUUGAGAGGGUUGCUGCUGAAGCUCGACAAAGGGCUGCUAAUGAAGCUAGAGAAAGGGCUGCAUCUGAAGCACGGGCAAGAGAAAAUAAGCAUAGAGCAGCAACAGCGCUACCUGAUCUUGAGUCUAUCUUUGGUAUGCCUUCUAGAUCAAGCAGUGUACCAAGAUCACAAACCUCAACAACGAAUCCUUUUGAUGUUCAACCUCAAGGUAGUUCUGGUUCUGGUACUGUGAGGACAUUUUCGGGUUCAGCUCCUCCCUUCACUCAGCCUUCAUCAAGCAAUCUUAUGGAUGAUCUAUCUUCUAUAUUUGGAGUGUUGUUAGUUGUGGAUGUAGGGGUGGUCACAAAUCAGGCCCUCAACAGGAUUUAA